AUGGAGGGUAGACCCAAGAAGGGGGACAGCCCCAGGGCACACCCGUUUGCACAGUGUACACCCCUGCCCCCGGCCCACAGUUGGCACGUCCCUGGAUCCUUUCCAGUUCAGAUGCUGGUCCCUCCGUGCGUGGUACUUGCCAAGAGGAACCCGGCCUCUUGCGUGGUUUCAGUUAUAAGCCUGUUUUGUCACAUUACUGUAGAGAGUUUAAAAUGCCGAGGAAUCUGCAUCAGUAAACCUCAAGGCAGAGUGUGGCCACUCAUUUUGGACACACACCCUUUUUUCCUCCAUGUUUUUUUCCACUCUCCAGGUUUCUCUGAAAUUCUCUCAGAGCAGUUAUUGUUCAUGGAGACCCAAUUUGAGCUUUUCCUUAAAGCAUUUUAG